AAUGAAUGACUUUUUAUUAUAAGCUAUGAUAAACUAUAGAAGUUUGUACACAAAAUGAGUAAAGAAUUUAUCAAGAAAUGAAGAUCUAGUUAUGGUGAAAGAACCUGCAACAGAAACACAACACCAACCCACUGUCAAAGAGAAAAGAGAAGACAAAAAAUAAAAGUGAAGCUUGACGCAGCUACUAGGAAUCAAGAAACUUCGGCUGCUAACCUAAGCAGCCACCAGGCACCACCUCCUUUACCCCCCAGUAAGCUAAAGCCACGCGUGUGCUGCUCCAAAUUACCCUUCUUCUGUCCCUGCGAAAGCAUCCAUCUCGAGUCUUGACCACUUCCCUCGAGCUCUUUGUUUUUUCUCUCCAUUACCGUUCAAUCAUUAAUCAGCCCUUUCUUCACAUUUCCUACAAGCGUCACACACGUGUAACCCCAUCUUGGAACUGUCCAACUAGGGUUUCUGGUGGUUAAUUUUGCACUCGAGUCUUGAGGUCUUAAAUGGGCCUCACCCUCUCCUGUUUUAUGUAUGUACACCAGCUUUGUCAGUUUUAGGCUACUGAGCUCUCUUUCUUUACCUCUUUUUUCUUUUUAUGUGGAGGCAAAUUGCUUGCUUCUUUGGUCUCUCCUCUUCCACUUCUUAGCAAUCUAGCAAGGGAAAGUGUUUUCCUUUUGUGGGUACGCAAGUUUCUUGGAACAAGAAGGAAAGAAUUAGCUAGCUAGUAUGGGGCUCUCAAGUUUCCCUUGUGCAGCUGAAGGAGUGCUUCCCGUGCUGGUAAUGAACACGGUUAUAUCAGUAGCUUUAUUCAAGAACAUGGUCAGGUCUGUGCUCCAAGUGAUGGGUGCUAAUUGGACUCCACAAGAUUAUGAGCAAGACCCAGAUGGGCGUAUUAUUCCUCAAGAAAAUGCAAGAGAGAGAAGAAUUUCAAUAACCCAGUUCAAAUCCUUGACCACCCCCAAUAGUCCCAGUGGCAGUGGUGGUGGCAGUGGCGGUGGCAGUGGUCGGGCUGGUGGUGCUACAGUGGAAUGUUGUGUAUGUCUUUGUGGGUUUGAAGCUGAAGAGGAGGUGAGUGAACUGUCUUGCAAGCAUUUCUUCCACAAAAAGUGCUUAGACAGGAUGGAUGCUUUAGUGCAUAGAUGGAUUGUGGUUGUGAUUUCUCAGCCAGCACUCAUCCACUUGUUAAAUCCAAACUUCUUAUGCUCCAACUUAAUGAACUCCUCAGUUACGGCAUCAACACUUUCAUUACAUAUCUCUUUAUCACCAAUCCUAACACAAACAGGAAGCUAUCAUAUGAUACCUCCCAAUUGUUGUGAUGUUUGGCUUGAUGAUGGUGAUGAUGAUUCUGGGAAAAUGACAUUUUCUCUCACUUUUGCUUUGCUUAUAAUGGACAGGCUAUGGAACAACUAUAUAUUUUGAUGUCAAGAACUCGGUUUUUAUAGUCCAGUAUUAUUCCAGAAAGAUAAGAUUGAAUCUGAUACCUUCACCUUUUGACAAGUUUCUGAACAAAAGAAUCUGUAAAGUGAAGAAAUCAGCUAUGCACUUUAGACUAAGUUGAGAUGUUAUUGGCGAAUUUCUAAAGCAAUCAUCUGUAUGUAUCUUUAUGCCUUUUCAGGAAUAUCCUCUGUGCUGGUGUGGAAAAAUCUCCAUGUGCCCAUAAACACAUAUCAGAGGAAACAAUUGAAGGAUAGAAGCUAUCCUUUGAAGUCAAAAUCCUGAUGAAGUUCUAAUCAAAUUUGUGAUUUGAAUCUGUAGGCUUGUUUGGUUGUACAAGCAAGUUAGGUUCAAGCCUAACUAUGCUGUACACUUUCAAACCUUUACGGCCAAGACUCUAUUUCUUGAAAUUUCUGGAUCAACUUGCAAGUGCUGAAUCAAUAAAUUGAUAUGCUUACCA